GCACACGCGUUUUAUACCUCCGUUCCGUGUUAUCAGAUGGGCGCAGUAUUUUUUAGUAAUUUUUUUUUUUGCAAUUCCUUCUACGUCAUCUUUGGCCUUUGUCACGACAAACGACGCGAACAUAUCGGUGGCCUGUUCAACGCGAUUUUUGUCAAAUUUUAUAAAGAAAUUUCUGCUAACCUCGUAAAAUGGAGGGUAUCGAGCAAGGGAGAAAGAGCAUAGCACAAUUCCGUAAGAGUAUUUAUGGCGGAGAUGAAGUGGAAUUCGCCGAUAUUUUCCAGUAUGACAUGGAUGAUGAAGAUCACGAAAAGAUAUUGUCGGUAAUGAGACGCUCGUUAAAUCGCUUGCCGCCAAAUCUGAAGGAUAGUCUUGUUGAGAAAUUUGUAGAGACUUACCCGGAGAUCGACUGGACGAAACAUAAAGAUGCCGAAAGCGAUGAAGAGAUAGAGGCAGUAAAAGAGAUGGAUGAUUUUUCGAUGUACAGUUAUGGGAACUUUCUUCCGGCACGCUGGAAUGAAAUUCAUGAUUCAUUCACCAAAAACAUACGCAACUUUUCGAGCACCUUCACUCUUCGCGAUGCCGAGCGGUUUUGGUAUGAAGUCCAGCAGAGAAAGGAAACGAAUUAUAUAACAUCACGCAUGAAUGCGAUCGAGAAAUUGGCCAACGAUGUAAAUAAUUCCUUGUAUAUGAUCUACAAGACGAAUUUGUGUAGAGGUGAAGACUUCAAACUGGAUGAUUAUGAACAUUUUCACGUGUUCGGCUGGACGGACGAUCGGUUUUUUGCCAGACGUCAGAUGAGAGGUAUCGCUUGGGUGGAUAUUUUCACGAAAUCUUUAACGGUCGAAUGUUUGGAAGCCUUCAAAUUGCGUUAUGAUAUUAUGGAGCUGGUGCGUCUUCUAAAACCACUUUUGUUAAGUUUCUGCACCGUUAAUGAUGACUACAUCAAGGAGUCCAAAGGGAUAAUAGAUAAUGCGAACGAUCUACUUACGGUACAUGAUAGAAUUGCACAAGAGCUCGAGAAGAAUGUAACGUAUUUCUGUGAGAAAAUCAAUCAGCUAACAAAUAUUUCACUGCAGCGCCGGAGUGUUGGGCGAGAUGUGGUGAAGAAUUACUUGGAAAUGGAACAAUUGGCUUUUGUUGUGCGUGAUCCGAUCGAACAAAGAUAUCAUGUAAACUACUUGAAGCACAAGGCCGACGAUUGGCAGCAAUAUUGCGACAAACAGGAAGAUGAUAUUGAGCAGAAUUUAAGAAAGAUUCUUUUCAAACAUAAAACUGAAGAAUAUUGCAGUUUAUCUAUGGUUCAGUGCAUUUACGCUAUAAUAGAGGAUUACAAAAGUCGAAUUGAUGCAAUGUCCGAAGAAUAUGAACGCCGCUUCAGCGAACUGGACGACAAAAAUAGAAAAUUAAAACUGGAUAUAGAUAAAAUAAAGCUACAACGUGAAUUUUUAGCAGCCGAAAAGGUUUAUAUGCAACAGCGGAUAAAGGAAAUCGCGGAGCGUCCCGGCUCAAGGCAUAAGAGUUUGAGACGGAAGCGUUCACAAUUAUCCAUCAUAUCCACUCGUUCUAAGAGGAAGACGAAAAUGAAUUUAAACAAUAUUUAGAUAUGUACACAUGUAACUAUAUGCAUACAUUUGUAUGGAGUUUUGUACUAUAUUAAUAGCGAGAAUCGUAUCAGAAAUAAAUUCCAAAAUUACUAAACCGAA